AUGAGCUUAACGGUUCCUGAAGAAGAAAUCAGUGACAAAUGGUUAUGGCAGCAGGAAAUAAACGAUACUGUUGAUGUAUUUGAGAUACCAAAGCACACAACGUUGGUAUUUGGUGUAUUUUAUCUGGACAAGUUUGAAAUUAACGUUAUUGAAAAAGUGAAUAAAUUAUAUUGUGAGCUAGAAAAGCUAUUUCUACCGUGGAAUCAGUAUUAUCCGUGGAAUAGACUUAAUGGAGUUAAUAUUAGAGUUGUGAAGCGCAACGAUAUCCCUCCAUUUGUAUUUGGAACAGUAGUGGUGGAAGAUAAUGCAGAGCAAGAGGAAUCUCUUAUGUUGGGGUUGCUACGUAGAUUCUCUGAAUCAUCUGGAAAUCAGAUAUUCAUAAAGAUAUGCGAUACUGAUGGUGAUUUUGUAUUAGUUUCCUGCAGUGAUUUUAUUCCUGAUGAAUAUGAGUACCCUAUUGGAAAUAACAGGCAUUGGAUACAUGAAGGUGAGUUUAAGUUUAUACCAAGCUAUUUCAAAAAUAAACGUGGACUCAGAUGUAAGGAGGCGUUAGAGUUUUUAAAAGAAUCAUAUUUCAAAUGUGUAAAGAUACCUGCGAUUACAAAUCAUAUCGAAAAACACCUGCUUAAUGAAUUUCCUAUCAAAUACCUGAGGCAACUCAAAUGGUUGUCCGCGAACAUUUCAAAUAAUAAGCAUCGCAAUAUAAUAAAGCAAAAUCCCAAGUUGGCCGGAAUUCUCUUAAAGAACUUUAUCGACCAGAGGCUCUCUUUAAAUGCUGUAACAAUCAGCAGCAAGCCGUCUGAUGACGGUUCCUUAUUGAAAAUAUUAGCAUCAGACAACCACACAAGGUUACUUACUUUGUUUUUAUCCAACCAUUCUGAACUUUUAAAAUUUGAUCAGAGUACUUUAGUUGGGACAAUUUUAUCCAUAUCACUCCAAGAUCUUCUAGAUAACAGUAUCCUAAAGGCUGAAGAAUUUGGAUCACAGUUAACUUCCACAUUGGGGCAAGCCUUAUUCAAUGAUCAUCAAGUAACUGAGCCUAUAGAGUUUAACACGGUAAAUGCCAUUGAUGAAGGUUACGCUACGGGACAAGAGUUUGCAAAUGAAAAGCUAACUUCAAAUUUAAACAGUUUUCUAUCCAAAAUGAACGAUAGUAUCGAUGGAGUUAACAAUAAAGGCAAUCACCUACCAGAAUUUGAUGACGAAGAUUCUGUUGAUGAGGAUGAGAGAGCUCGCCAAUACUUUAAGGCUGAAAAUGUUGAAAUAAAUGAAGACGAUUUUUUUGAAUAUUUCUUAACGGAGGGUCUGAAAUUGAAUAAGGAAGAACUUGAUAACUAUAGGAGUGAUCGAUUUGAUAAUUGUGAUACAGCUCCACAAUUUCCUGAAAAAAGGGGGAAAAUGGGCAAGAAUAGGGAGGAAGAGGAAGAGGAAGAGAUGUUACAUGAAUUAGAAACUUUAUUGAGGAGCACUAAAAGUAGCACUAAUGUGGAAGAAAUAGAAGAAUUAAUCAAAUCAAUGCAGGUUGACGGAGCAGUUAAUGGGCCACUGCAAACUAUGCUAAGGAACUUUGAUUCGUAA